AUGAGUUACAGUAAGAAAGAUGAAGAUGGCGAAAUGGCCAUCAUGCGUGUGGAUAGAACCUCUGUUUUCCAAGAAGCUCGAUUGUUUAACUCUUCCCCUAUACAACCUCGAAGAUGUCGUGUUCUCCUUACGAAGAUUGCGCUUUUGUUAUACACCGGCGAGAAAUUCCCUACCAACGAAGCCACUACCCUUUUCUUUGGUAUCUCGAAGCUGUUCCAAAAUAAAGAUGCCAGCCUGCGGCAGAUGGUCCACCUUAUCAUUAAGGAAUUGGCGCAUUCCGCUGAGGAUAUUAUUAUGGUCACAAGUACAAUAAUGAAGGAUACUGGUGGUGGAACAGAUGCAAUCUACAGACCAAAUGCCAUUCGGGCGUUGUGCCGUAUCAUUGAUGCAUCCACAGUCCAGAGUAUUGAACGAGUAAUGAAGACUGCAAUUGUCGACAAGAACCCUUCCGUAUCCUCUGCUGCCUUAAUAUCCUCUUACCACCUAUUACCUAUAGCUCGCGAUGUUGUUCGAAGAUGGCAAAGCGAAACACAAGAAGCUGCAACAGCUACAAAAUCGUCGGGUGGCUUCUCCCUUGGUUUCUCGACUUCCAGCAGCCAAAUGCCAGUCAACAACUCAACAAUGACACAAUACCAUGCGAUUGGUCUUCUAUAUCAAAUGAGGAUGCACGAUAGAAUGGCAUUAGUUAAGAUGGUUCAGCAAUUUGGGGCCGCAGGUGCUGUUAAGAGUCCAGCUGCAACUGUCAUGCUCGUCCGCCUAGCAGCACAACUGGCAGAAGAAGAUCAACAACUCCGAAAACCAAUGAUGCAACUCUUGGAUGGCUGGCUCCGACACAAGAGUGAAAUGGUGAACUUCGAGGCUGCCAAAGCCAUUUGCGACAUGCGAGACGUCACCGAUGCUGAAGUUACUCAAGCCAUUCAUGUUUUGCAACUUUUCCUUACCUCGCCAAGAGCUGUCACCAAAUUUGCUGCGAUUCGCAUACUUCACAACUUCGCCUCCUUCAAGCCCCAAGCUGUCCAUCCCUGCAACCCAGAUAUCGAGCUUCUCAUCUCGAACUCCAAUAGAUCGAUUGCUACCUUUGCCAUCACCACCCUUUUGAAGACCGGCAACGAAGCCAGUGUUGAUCGAUUGAUGAAGCAAAUUUCGGGAUUCAUGGCUGAUAUUACAGACGAGUUCAAGAUUACCAUUGUGGAAGCAAUCCGUACCCUCUGUCUAAAGUUCCCCAACAAGCAAGCCGGCAUGCUAGCAUUCCUUAGUGGUAUACUUCGCGACGAGGGAGGAUAUGAGUUUAAGCGCGCUGUAGUGGAGAGCAUGUUUGACUUAAUCAAGUUCGUUCCCGAUUCAAAGGAAGAUGCGUUAGCACAUCUCUGUGAGUUCAUUGAGGAUUGUGAGUUCACAAAAUUGGCUGUGCGCAUCCUUCAUCUUCUCGGAUUGGAAGGUCCAAAAACAUCUCAACCUACCAAGUACAUCAGAUAUAUCUACAAUCGAGUGGUUCUUGAAAAUGCCAUUGUACGAGCUGCCGCAGUCACAGCAUUGGCAAAAUUCGGUGUGGCACAGAAAGAUCCAGAAGUUAAGCGCAGUGUUACCGUUCUCCUGACCAGAUGUUUGGAUGAUGUCGACGAUGAAGUUCGUGACCGUGCUGCAUUGAACUUGAGAUUAAUGUCAGAGUCUGAUGAUACAGCGGAUCGUUUCAUCAAAAAUGAAAACACUUUCGCCUUGCCAUACCUCGAGCAUCAACUUGUUAUGUACGUCACAGCUGAUGACAAAUCAACUUUUGAUAACCCCUUUGAUAUUGCUUCGGUUCCAGUUGUUACCAAGGAGCAAGCAGACGCAGAGGAGCGAACCAAGAAACUCACAACAGUCACACCAACGAUCAAGGCUCCAAAAUCUGGUCCCAGCAAGACUUCGCAAUCUGGCGCCGAAGCUGUUGCUUCCGCUUCUGCGACUGCUCAGAAGUAUGCCCAGGAGUUACUCAAGAUUCCAGAAUUCAAGCCAUAUGGUGCUGUAUUGAAAUCGUCUCCUGUUGUUGAAUUGACAGAAUCGGAAACUGAAUAUGUUGUUACUGUCGUCAAGCAUAUCUUCAAGGAACAUAUUGUUCUUCAAUAUGAGGUUAAGAAUACCCUGCCAGAUACUGUUCUUGAAGAAGUGUCCGUGGUUGCUAGCCCAUCUGAUGAAGAAGAGCUCGAGGAAGAUUUCAUCAUUCCUGCCACCAAGCUUGUAACUGAUGAGCCAGGUACUAUUUAUGUAUCUUUCAAGAAAAUCAGUGGUGAAGCUGCUUUCCCUUCAAGCACCUUUACAAAUAUUCUGAAGUUCACCACGAAAGAAAUCGAUCCAACAACUGGUGAGCCUGAAGACACUGGUUACGAUGAUGAGUAUCAAGUUGAGGAUCUCGAACUUACCGGUAGUGACUAUGUUGUCCCUGCUUUCGCCGGUAACUUUAAUCACAUUUGGGAGCAAGUGGGUGCUUCCGGCGAGGAAGCUGAAGAGACACUUCAAUUGAGUGGUGUCAAGAGUAUAGCAGAUGCUACUGAACAACUUGCCAAAACACUUUCACUACAACCUCUUGAUGGUACUGAUGUGCCAAUCAAUACAACUACUCACACACUCAAAUUAUUUGGUAAAACAGUUACAGGUGGAAGGGUUGUGGCUAAUAUCCGGAUGGCUUAUUCUAGUCUCGUCACAAUGGUGUACGUACGACAAGAAAAACUUCCAGGCCUUAAGCAGUACAAAUAUUCCGGUGUCGACCAUUCCCUCUUAUCUCGAUAUGUCCUCAAGCCAUUCUACACGAAUUUCGUGAUAGAAUGUUUCCCGAUGAGCAUGGCACCGAAUCUGAUUACUCUUACGGGUUUCAGCUUCGUCGUUAUCAAUAUCCUGACUUUGCUGUGGUAUAAUCCGACGCUUGAUGUGGAUUGUCCACCUUGGGUGUAUGCCAGUUGGGCUGUGGGAUUAUUCUUGUAUCAAACCUUUGACGCGGUCGAUGGGACUCAAGCACGACGAACACAUCAGAGUGGACCGCUUGGUGAGCUCUUUGAUCAUGGUGUUGACGCAGUCAAUACUUCUCUCGAAUGUUUGAUCUUCGCGGCUUCGCAGAACUUGGGAAUGGGCUGGAAGACGGUCAUGGUCUUAUUUGCUUCUCUCCUCACAUUCUACGUACAAACCUGGGACGAAUACCACACGAAGACUCUGACAUUGGGCUUGAUCUCUGGACCUGUAGAAGGAAUCGUUAUCCUCAUCACUGUCUACGCGUUCACUGCAAUUAAAGGUGGGGCGAGCUUCUGGACUCAAUCGAUGUUCAGGACUGUUGGCAUCCCACAUUACGCGUUUAUUCCUGAAUAUGUUUAUGAAUUGCCAUUCAAUGAGUGGUACAUGGUUCAAGGUGGAAUUGUGCUGGUUCUUAACACUGUACAAAGCUCCAUAAAUGUGAUCAAAGCUCGCAGAGCUCGUGGAGAUAGAUCGCGAGGCGCGCUCUUGGGUCUCCUUCCCUUCUUCUUCACGUGGUCGCUCAUUCCGGCCUACCUUUAUCUCAACCCUGAAAUUCUUUACAAUCAUCUUGUUCCUUUCGUAUUCUUCGCUGGGCUUGUCAAUGCUUACUCGGUGGGCCAGAUGAUCACUGCCCAUUUGGUCCAACUGCCAUUCCCUUACAUGAAUGUAUUGAACCUGCCGCUGGCUUAUGGCGUUUUUGACUCUGCAGGACCAUUUUUGAAGGAGAAUUUAGGAUUUGGAUGGCCAAGUGCUCUUGGUGGUGGUGUAUACCAGGUCGCAUAUCUCUUCUGCAUGCUUGGUGUUGCAGUUGGAGUUUAUGGAAGCUUUGUGGUUGAUGUGAUUGUUACAAUUUGCGAUUACUUAGACAUUUGGUGCUUAACUAUUAAACAUCCAUGGAACGAGGAAGAAGAGGCAAAGAAAGCCAAUUAG